UCCCAAACGCUAUUAAAUUUAGAGGAUCGGCGUCGGCUGAACUUAAGCGGCCGAUGGACAAACGGUCGCGAUGAAUGAAAGAUUAUAAAAUCCAGCGACGCAGAUCAGUUUGUUCAGCAGCAGCAAGAGAUUAAGGAACAUGGCGUCGACUAUGAAGCAGUUGGUCUACCCGACCUACACCACGCCGGACAAGUACGAGUUCCGCCAGACGAGCAAGCCGGAGAUUAAGAAGCCCGACGAGGUGCUGGUGAAGGUGAUUGCCGCAAGCGUGAAUCCGAUCGAUGUCAAGCGCGCGCAUGGAGAUGUAAAGAUACUUAUGAAGGAUCCAUUCCCGUCUCCGAUCGGAUAUGACGUCUCUGGCGUGGUCGAGAGCGUCGGAUCAGAUGUGACGACACUGCAACCCGGCACGGCAGUCUACGCGCGCCUUCCAGACACCUACCGCGGUACAUUCCAAGAAUACCUCGUCUGCGCAGCCUCAGACCUGACAGCGAAGCCGUCAAAGAUGUCGUAUGAAGACGCGGCCGCGCUGCCGCUCGUGAGCUUGACGGCGCUGCAAUGCUUCGAGAACGUGGCCAAGAAGAAACCCGAGGGCGCGGCGUGGUUUAAGGGCAAGACCGUGCUUGUGCUGAGCGGGCUCAGUGGUGCGGGCGCAGCGGCGUGUCAGCUUGCGAAGAACGUGUACGGGGCCGGGAAGGUUAUUUGCACGGUUUCCACGGCCAAGGUGCCGCUGGUGCCUAAGUUGCUGGGUGAAGGGGUUGUUGAUCAGAUUAUCGACUAUCGAAAGGAAGAUCCGACGAAGGCUGUCGAGGCACAGAGUGUGGAUUACCUGUUUGACACGCUCGGAUCUCCGCUUACGUUCCUUCACACGAUGAAGAAAGGCGGAGAGAUCUCGUCGUUGAUGGUCGUGCCUCCCACCGAAGUGUUGAGGGAGGAGAUCCCUGGAGCACCGAGAUUAAUUCUCUACGCUGCGUCCGCGAUCAACAAGGUGAUGUGCUUCCGCGCAGGCCGAUACGGCGUCGGCGUCCGAGGCGAGCUUCUGCACACGGACGCCAAGCAGCUCGAGAGAAUCUCGCAGAUGUACCUGGACGGCAAGAUCAGUGUGAUUAUCGCGGAAGUGGCGCAGUUUAGCGACGAGGAGAAGGUGAAGGAGGUGUUUACGAAGGUGAAGGAGGCGAAGGGGUAUACGGGGAAGAUGGUUGUUCGGAUUGGUAGUCCGAGUAUGCUCGCUGCGUGAUCAUUCUGAUAUCUGCGUACAUGUCUAUGCUUUUUUUGGGUUAUUUUCGUGGCUUCUGUUUUCUGUAUAUAUAUCGAUGUUUUCUUCUUUAGUUUUGUAUAUGUUGUCUCUUAAUUAAACAAUUGGUGAUUUUUUAUCAGAA